AUGAAAUUAAAUAUUAAAAAAUUUAAUGAUAAUAAAAGUUUAUUAAAAGCUAUUACUAUACAAAGUAUUUUUCCAUUUUGUUGUCAUAUCCCAAGUGUAUCAUAUUUACUUUAUUUUUAUAUAACACGAAAAAAUCCUUUUGAAAUUGUGGUUUUAGCAAAUUUUUUAUAUUAUACUGGACAAGGAUUAUGUAUUUUUCUUUCAAUGAUUGUAAUUGAAGAAUUCAAAAAUAUGAUUUUAAGAGAUAUAAAGAGGAAAACGAUUGUUUAUUCAUUCUCUGAAACAACAAACCAAAUAUUGUAA